CCCUCCUCCCCGCCGCUGCGCCGAGGGUCCCGGCGGGCGCGGUUUCCACCCGGAGCGCCUUCCCGCUGCUCCCGCCGGCGAGGGGCUCGGAGGGAGGGGGCCAAGAUGUAUGCUGUGUACAAGCAAGCCCACCCUCCCACUGGGCUGGAAUUCUCCAUGUACUGCAACUUCUUCUCCAACGCCGAGCGCAACUUGGUGGUGGCAGGAACCUCGCAGCUAUAUGUUUACAGGCUCAACCAUGACUCUGAGAGCUCCACAAAAAAUGACAGGAACACAGAAGGCAAAGGCCACAGGGAGAAAUUGGAGCUGGUGGCUGCCUUCUCGUUCUUUGGCAACGUCAUGUCCAUGGCCAGCGUGCAGCUUGCAGGGGCCAAAAGAGAUGCGCUUCUGCUCAGCUUCAAGGACGCAAAGCUCUCGGUGGUUGAAUACGAUCCCGGCACCCACGAUCUGAAAACACUUUCCCUUCAUUACUUUGAGGAGCCGGAGCUGAGGGAUGGCUUUGUGCAGAAUGUCCAUAUCCCCAAAGUGCGGGUGGAUCCAGACGGGCGCUGUGCCGUGAUGCUCAUCUACGGCACACGGCUGGUGGUCCUGCCCUUCCGCAGAGAUACCCUGACGGAUGAGCACGAAGGCGUGGUGGGUGAAGGCCAGAAGUCUAGUUUUCUGCCCAGCUAUAUCAUCGAUGUGCGGGAGCUGGACGAGAAGCUGCUGAACAUAAUUGACAUGCAGUUCCUGUAUGGCUACUAUGAGCCCACCUUGCUCAUCCUCUUUGAGCCCAACCAGACCUGGCCGGGGCGGGUGGCUGUGCGCCAGGACACUUGCAGCAUUGUGGCCAUCUCCCUCAACAUCAUGCAGAAGGUCCAUCCAGUCAUUUGGUCCCUCAGCAACCUGCCCUUUGACUGCACGCAGGCCCUGGCAGUGCCCAAGCCCAUUGGAGGCGUGGUGAUCUUUGCAGUGAACUCUCUGCUCUACCUGAACCAGAGCGUGCCGCCGUACGGCGUGUCUCUCAACAGCCUCACCAACGGCACCACCGUCUUCCCGCUAAGGGUCCAAGAAGGAGUAAAAAUCACUCUGGACUGUGCCCAGGCGACCUUCAUCUCCUACGACAAAAUGGUGAUCUCGCUGAAAGGAGGGGAGAUCUACGUGCUCACCCUCAUCACAGAUGGAAUGCGAAGUGUCCGCUCCUUCCAUUUUGACAAGGCAGCGGCCAGCGUCCUCACCACGUGUAUGAUUACCUUGGAACCUGGUUAUCUUUUCCUGGGCUCUCGUCUUGGCAACUCCCUACUCCUGAAAUACACUGAAAAGCUCCAGGAGGCCCCUAUGAGUGUUGCAAAGGACUCCACAGAGAAGGAGGAACCUCCCCUCAAGAAGAAACGCGUGGAGCAAUCUGCCAACUGGGCUGGAGGGAAGUCGGCUCCGCAGGAUGAAGUGGACGAGAUCGAAGUGUAUGGCAGUGAGGCCCAGUCUGGGACGCAGCUGGCCACCUACUCUUUUGAGGUCUGUGAUAGUAUCCUGAACAUCGGCCCCUGUGCCAACGCUGCCAUGGGGGAACCUGCCUUUCUCUCCGAGGAGUUCCAGAAUAGUCCUGAACCUGACCUGGAAAUCGUGGUGUGCUCGGGCUAUGGCAAGAAUGGCGCCCUCUCGGUCUUGCAGAAAAGCAUCCGUCCUCAGGUGGUCACAACCUUUGAACUCCCAGGCUGCUACGACAUGUGGACUGUGAUAUCGCCCCGGAAGACGGAGGAGGCCACCGAAGAAGAUACUCAGGAAGAAAGUGCUGAGAAGGAGCCCUCCCCACCUGAGCCGGCAGAUGACGGGAAGCGACACGGGUUCCUCAUCCUGAGCCGUGAAGACUCCACCAUGAUCUUGCAGACUGGCCAGGAGAUCAUGGAGCUUGACACCAGCGGCUUUGCCACUCAGGGCCCCACCGUGUAUUCUGGCAACAUUGGCGAGAACCGCUACAUCGUCCAAGUGUCCCCUCUGGGUAUCCGCCUGCUGGAAGGAGUGAACCAGCUGCACUUUAUCCCCGUGGACCUUGGCUCGCCCAUUGUGCACUGCGCCGUGGCUGAUCCCUACGUGGUGAUCAUGAGCUCUGAGGGGCAGGUGACCAUGUUCGUGCUAAAGAGUGACACCUACGGGGGCCGGACGCACCGCCUCACCUUACAGAAGCCGCAGUUGCACCACCAAUCGAGGGUGAUUGCCCUGUGCGUGUACCGGGAUGUUAGUGGGAUGUUCACCACCGAGAGCCAUUCGUCCAGCUCUCGAGAUGAGCUUUCCCUGAGGAGCCAGUCUGAGACAGAGACCCCCAUCCAGGACAUCAGCAACACGGUGGACGAUGAAGAGGAGAUGCUGUACGGGGACUCCAGCGCUCUGUUCAGUCCCACCAAGGAGGAGCCACGGCGCUGCAGCCUGCCCUCGGCUGACCGGGACUCCCACCAGUACAAGGCAGAGCCAACCCACUGGUGUGUGCUGGUCCGGGAGAACGGUGCCAUGGAGAUCUACCAGUUGCCCGACUGGCGCCUGGUCUUUCUGGUGAAGAAUUUCCCCAUGGGGCAGCGGGUCCUGGUAGACAGCUCCUUUGGACAGCCAGCCAGCCAGGGAGAAGUCAAGAAGGAGGAAGUCAUCCGCCAGACCGAGAUGCCGCUGGUCAAGGAGGUCCUGCUGGUGGCCCUCGGAAAUCGGCAAAGCCGGCCAUACCUCUUGGUCCAUGUGGAUCAAGAGCUGCUCAUCUAUGAGGCCUUUAACCACGACUCUCAGCUGGGCCAGACCAACCUCAAAGUGCGAUUCAAAAAGGUUCCCCACAACAUUAACUUCCGGGAAAAGAAGUCCCGGCCAUCCAAAAAGAAGUCUGAGAGCGCAGGGGGCGAGGAAGCGGGGGCUCCCCGGGGGCGGGUCGCUCGCUUCCGCUACUUUGAAGAUAUCUACGGCUACUCAGGGGUGUUCAUCUGUGGGCCCUCGCCACAUUGGCUGCUGGUGACGUCUCGUGGGGCCCUGCGCUUGCACCCCAUGACCAUAGAUGGCCCCAUUGAGUCCUUUGCCCCCUUUCACAACGUCAACUGCCCCAAGGGCUUCCUCUACUUCAACCGGCAGGGGGAGCUGCGCAUCAGCGUCUUGCCCGCCUACCUUUCUUAUGAUGCGCCUUGGCCUGUCCGGAAGAUUCCACUGCGCUGCACCGCACACUACGUGGCGUACCACGUGGAGUCCAAGGUGUAUGCCGUGGCCACCAGCAUCAACAACGCUUGCACCCGCAUCCCCCGCAUGACAGGAGAGGAGAAGGAGUUUGAGACGAUUGAGAGAGACGAUCGCUACAUGCACCCUCUGCAGGAAGCCUUUUCUAUUCAGCUGAUCUCUCCAGUCAGCUGGGAGACUAUCCCUAACACCAGGAUUGACUUGGAGGAAUGGGAACACGUGACCUGCAUGAAGACGGUGUCUCUGAAGAGCGAGGAAACGGUCUCCGGCUUGAAGGGCUACGUUGCCAUCGGGACUUGCCUCAUGCAGGGCGAAGAAGUGACUUGCAGGGGCCGGAUCUUGAUCAUGGACAUCAUUGAGGUUGUUCCUGAACCGGGGCAGCCGCUCACCAAGAAUAAAUUCAAAGUGCUGUACGAGAAGGAGCAGAAGGGGCCCGUCACUGCCCUCUGCCACUGCAACGGCUACCUGGUGUCGGCCAUUGGCCAGAAG